GCAAGUGAACUGUGAUAUUUCGUUAAAAAUUUUAUAACCUUUGUUCUACGUUCUUAAUUUACGGCAAAAGUGUAUCUAUAAUGAGUACAGUUGCCCAUGUGAUCAAUCAAUUAAGCAUAAUGUCAUAAAGAUUGUGAUGGUUGAGGGAUGGGUGGGUGAACAGUGGCGUUCGUAAAUUCAUGUUAACCACUGUUACGGAUGUGUAAUAGUGAUUGCGUCAUUUGUCAUGUACACACCGUGUGCCAUGAAUUGUGAGACAUGGGGAAGCUGCUGAUAGCUUGGUUUGUUGUCGCCUGUGCAUAAACUACCGCCAGUAGGUUUCUGCAGAGAAGCAGUGGUUCAUGCAGAAUACUUGGGAAACACACUACAUUCACCAUCUACCCUGCAUGGUUAUCGUUGAUCCGUUCGGCAACAGCUGGAACGGAAAACAGCUAUGGCGGAUAUGAAACAAGACUUGAAGUCAGUUGAUGACCAGCAAAACUAUUCGAUCGGUAAUAGCAGUGAUCCCAAGAAUAUGCAAGAGUUAACACAACAUGUUCAGACAUUACUCCAAGGCAUACAGGACAAGUUUCAGACAAUGUCAGAUCAGAUCAUUACAAGAAUAGAUGAAAUGGGAAACAGAAUAGAUGACUUGGAGAAGAAUAUUGCUGACCUUAUGACACAGCCUGGAGUUGAAGGUCCAGACAAAUAAGCAACAUUUGUGAUUGACUUCAGAAACAUAACUGACAGAACUGAACUUAAAUCAUAACAUCGUUUCAACAAAAGGAAACAUUUUCAAGUGUCUUUUUUUUUUCUAGUAAUUUAUUUUAUACUGUAUAUUAAAAGUGUAAUGAAGGUCACUGUAUUUAUUGCCUUCAAAGAUAUUCCACAUUAAGAACUGGAACUGAUUGAAAAUGUAAAGUAAGUCAUACACAUUUUGUGUACACUGUUACUUUUCUUAUAAAGUACUGUAUAUUUUCCACUUUUAAUUAUACAAAGUAAUAUGUAGCAGCUCUUUGCCAUGUUAACAAAACACUUCUUUCCACCAAGAGUCUGCUGGAAAAUUCAACUGGCCAACAAAUGUGCAUAAGACAUAAAGUAGUGGACACAGUUUAGUCAUUGAAGCACACAUUUUUAUAUGGGAAAAUGAAUGUACUUGAAGAUGUAAUAUUCCUGAACAUUGCACAGAUGUUAUGUACGUUUUCAAUUAUGCCAUAAGUCCUACUGUAUGAUUAGUGCUUAGAAUUAGAAUUUGUAUACACUUUUGUGUGAACUGAGAAUGUUGUAAUGCACAAACAAAUUAUUAUUACUGACAGUAGUGUUAGAUUAGAUACACCAUAGGUCUCAAAUGAAGAUAACUUUUACUGUCAGUGCUGUAUAAUUUGAUGCUUUAAUUAAAAAUAUAUUUUUAAUUUGUAGACCUCUUUUUCAUCUAAUGGUAAAGAGUGUCAUAAUUAUUAGAUUUGCAUUCAGGAUAAUAUAACCUGAUUUCAAAACAGUAUGUCAGCAAAUAUCCAUAUAUAUGAAGCUCGUUCAAACGAAACCUGUUUAGAGAACGUUUUGGGCAAAGGAGAAGAAACUGGGCAUUGAGGCCAGGCAUCACAUUGAUGCACCAGCCUAUACAUCCCCUCUGCAAAGAAAGUUUUGUUUGAUAUAUGCUUAUGCCAUGUAAAAUCAUUGGUCACCAUUUGUCCAAGCUAGUAAAAGAAAUACUUUGAUUUUUUAAUACCCUUUGUAAUACUAUGGAAUGGUUCUGAUGUGCUUGUUUUAAAAGUGUUUGCCUACACAAGAAUGCUAACAUGAAUAUUUUGGAUAUCUGUUAUUCAUAUUGUCAAAGACGCCCUUAAUUAAAGUAUGGCUGAUUGGAACAUGCAUCUCUGAUUUGAGUCAAUAUACAGCUUUCUGUGCGAUUCUGUGAUGCAAGACAUUCUCGUUUUCUAUACAUUAUCGUCUAAAGUAUGUAGUAUUCAUUGCAGUUCUUUAGUUCUCUGUGUAUAGGACUUUCUCACAUGCUUCGUGAAUGCUAAGAAAUGUGGAAAUAAAUAUAUAGUUCUUGUAGAACAAGAAUCCUCUACUAUUAAAGGUAGAAAUUAGAAAGAGGUUUCUGUAUUUGUGAAAUUUUCAAUUUCCUCUCCUUUAGUCUUCAGUACUUUUGAAAACCAGUAUAUAUUUGUAAAGAUAAAUGCUUUGGCUAACAAUUAUUUCAGUACUUGUACAGAUUACUUCUAUGAUUAAGUGGUACUACAUAGUUGAGUGCUGAAAAAUUGUUUCUGGGAUGGAAAUUUAAGCCAUUCCAACAACUAUGUUGGCUGUGCAGAUAGUGUAGACAUAACUUGAAGCUCUGAAAAUCCUUCAGAAACUAUGAAUCAUCCAAGCUGUUACCUUGAUGUUUGUUAAUUGAAUAAUUUCAUUGUAAUGCUGGCUAAACAUGGAAACUGUCGUGUUCUGGUUCAGUUAUUUACAAAGACUGAAAAUGUUACACUUCAGUUUGAACCAUCACAUCUUAUAAAAAUCCUAACAGUAAUGUUUUGAGUGAUAUACACAGAGAAACAUAUUUUAUAUUUAAGUGCAGUAUUUGUGACAUUCUUUUACAAAAUACAAUGCACUGUUAAUCCACAUCUCAUAAACGUACAAAGUGUAUUGUUUUUAUUAUGUAAAUAAACUUUGCAUAUAUGAAUAAUUUA